AUUCUGCAAGUGCAGCGUAAAUGAAAUAAUAAAAAAUAAAUUUAAGCAUAAAAAUUCACAUCUUGCGUGUUAAGAAGAUAUUUAAAAUAUCUGUAGUUCUGUGAGUGCAACGAAAAAAUAACAGAAAGUAUCUGAAAUAAAGGUAACAGAAAAUAUUCGCAUUUAUGGUUCACAACUUAAAAAAUCCAAAAUUUGCGCUUGUGCAUGAUCAGUUCUGACAUAAUUGCAUUUUAAAUUAUAAUCAUUAUCUUUUAUUGUCGUGCUUUAUUGAUUCCUGUGGAUUGCGUUAUUUAUAUUAUUUAUUUGUUUUAAAUUGAAAAACGUCCGGUUCAUUCAUAUAAUUUGCAAUUCGUGUACAAUAAAUAACUAAUCACCUGUGUACCACCUGUGUUCAAUUUAAUUAGAACAAAACUUCAUUAAAUAAUAAAAUUAACAAAAAUGACGAGAUUACUUCAAACACUACUUUUCUCAACACUAUUUUGCAUCACAGUUCUCAGUGCACUAACAGAAUCCAGUGAUAUCACAACCACACAAAAACCACAACAACAUCAUCGUCGACAACAUCAUCGAAUACAUCAUAAAGAACAUCGAAGACGUGAACAUAUUAGUGAACGUUUAACUAAAACACAAGAACUAAAUGAACAAAUCGAUCUUAUAGAUCCGAAAGAAGCACAGCCACGAGUUUUGAAUAGUACAAGAAUAAGACCUCUUACUGCAAGGGAUUAUUAUAAUCGAGUUGUGCAGAGAAGACAGAAUGUGCAUAGAAACAUUCCUACCGAAUGGGGUUACAAUACAUACAAUGUGCUCACUAAUACGUUUGAUACGUCACCAGUAGGAAAAAGUGCUGGUAAAGGUGAUGAUAAUAUGCACGAUGUAGAAUUUAUAAGCAAUAAUGCGGGCACCAGCCCUGAAUGGGCAGCACCAAAUCCAAGACGGGGUUAUGAUUACUUGCCACCAAUGACGCCAACCACUAGUACAACAACUACUAUGCCAAUUACACGCAGAACAUUACUAACAACUUCUGCACCGCCACCACUUGUACCAGUGCGUAGAGGUUAUCCACCUAUUUUACCUUCUAAAAGUUAUAAUGACUUGCCACAUGUAACCGAAGAUCCUAUUGAAACAAAUAUUAUAAGCAGAAAUCCAAACGAUUCGAAAGAUAUGGAAAAGUAA